AUGGCUCCAAAAUCUCGCGUGCAAGUGCAACAGAAGACGCGCAAGUGGGGAGAUGUGACUGUCCGGGUGGAGGCCGCAAUCAGAGCUGAGGCGAGGGCAGAAGAAGCGGAGGCGAGGGCAGACGAAAGGAUGGCGAGGGCAGACGAAAGGAUGGCGAGAGCAGAUGAAAUGAAGGCGAGAGAAGAUGAAAUGAAGGCGAGAGAGGGAGCGGGAGUGGGAGUGGGAUUACUGGGCUUCUUGAAGAGGGCAAAGAGCCGCUUUUGCAGGAAUCGAAAGGGAGCGCGCGGCUCAAGCGUAGAAUCCAUAUCGUCCGUGCCAAAGAGUGCCUCGAAGAAUGACUCUAUGAAGACGGAGUCCUACCAGAUCUCCACGGCUGCCGUCACGGUAUGCAAGCAGACUCUCUUCAGCAACGUCAGGCUCGAGGUAGACAGUGAGGGAAGGUGUUUUGAUUUUGGUAGCAACAUUGAUGAUCUCCUUCAGACGUGGGACACCGAGUGUCACAUUCUUACUGGAGACACCAGCAUAAUGGAACAUAUUGAGUGUCAUCUGCAUAGCUGGUUCACUGAUCGAUUGAGUGGCAAGCGUGCCACACACUUCUUCCAGGUUCACCAGCGACUGGUUGAACUUGGCCUCCACUUCGCCAAGUCAAAUGCCUCCCUGUACGCGGUGAGUGGAGAUGAUGGCCCGUGGGGGAGGGAGGAGAACAAUAUACCUGGUAAGAUGGCACUGUUCGAGUACACGGUGAGUGGAGAUGAUGGCCUGUGGGGGAGGGAGGAGAACGAUAUACCUGGUAAGAUGGUACUGUUCGAGUAUGCAGCGAGUGGAGAUGAUGGCCCAUGGGGGAGGGAGGAGAACAAUAUACCUGGUAAGAUGGUACUGUUCGAGUACGCAGCGAGUGGAGAUGAUGACCCGUGGGGGAGGGAGGAGAACGAUAUGCCGAUAUUGUCCUGGUCUUGGAGCCUGCUGUACUCAAUACGCUGA